GGGUGAGUCCUCUUGCUAGCUCCGCUGCUCUUUGGCUGCGUUGUGGGCAGAGGCUGCAGCAGAGCAUCAGCAGAGAGACUGAGCGCAAGUUGGCGACAGCACCGAUACGGCUGCUGCUGCUGCUCCAGGACUUUACUGGCGUUUCUAGAUCGACAUCUUCCAGAAUUUUUUGUUUUCGAAUAAAAUUUCCCGCACCUAUCUCUCAGGUCGCUCCUGUAAUAGUACCUUUAACUGCACGUUUAUUUAUUUACAGUCUGUGAGAAUGAACUUUAUUUAAGACACGUCUCUUCUGCAGGUAACCUGAGGUCCAGUCCCACCAUUGUCAUCCACUAGGUCUUUUUCCUUGUGAUUCAGCUUCAACAGAUUACCAAUCUUCACAGUCAGUUUUGCUCAAGGGACAGAGCGAGGAGGACAAUGGGAGUCGGUGGGGGUUCCCCCCAAGCCCUGCUGUGGCUCAGCCUGUUCGUCUUGAUCUCUCAGGCAUUGCCCCUCAAUCCAGAUGACCCCAAUGUGUGCAGCCACUGGGAAAGCUAUGCAGUGACUGUGCAGGAGUCUUACGCUCAUCCAUUUGACCAGGUCUACUACACACGCUGCACCGACAUCCUCAACUGGUUCAAGUGUACCAGACACAGGAUCAGCUACAAGACAGCCUACAGGAGAGGUGUGAGGACCAUGUACAGGCGACGCUCUCAGUGCUGCCCAGGGUUCUAUGAAAGUGGAGACCUGUGUGUUCCACUGUGCACUGAAGAGUGCGCACACGGACGGUGCGUCUCUCCAGAUACCUGUCAGUGUGAGCCUGGCUGGGGAGGACUGGACUGCUCCAGCGGGUGUGAGAGUGAUUUCUGGGGCCCUCAUUGCAGUAACCGCUGUCAGUGUCAGAACGGGGCCAAGUGUAACCCGAUAACCGGAGCCUGCGUCUGCACUGAUGGCUACCAGGGCUGGCGCUGCGAGGAGCCCUGUGACCCCAGCUUCUAUGGCAAAGACUGCUCACUAGAGUGCCAGUGCCUCAACAGCGCCACCUGUCAUCAUCAGACUGGCGAGUGCCUCUGUUCUCCCGGAUACACCGGGGCCUUCUGUGAGGAGCCUUGUCCUCCAGGUAAACAUGGCUCCUUGUGUGAACAACGCUGCCCCUGCCAGAACGAGGGAACAUGCCAUCAUGUCACUGGAGAGUGCUCCUGUCCCGCCGGCUGGGUGGGCCCGGUGUGUGCACAGCCGUGUCCAUUCGGUUCAUUCGGCAUUAACUGCUCCCAGGAGUGCACGUGCCGUAACGGAGGCUUGUGUGAUCACAUCAGCGGUCAGUGCCAGUGCACAGCUGGCUACAUCGGAGAGAGAUGCCAGGAUGAAUGCCCAGUUGGCACUUAUGGUCCACAGUGUGCCCACAAGUGUGACUGCCAGAACGGUGCCAAAUGCUACCACAUUAAUGGAGCCUGCCUGUGCAACGAGGGCUUUAAGGGCCCCAGCUGCCAGGACCGCUUCUGUCCCAACGGCCUGUACGGACUCAUCUGCGACAAAUACUGCCCCUGUGCAGCUGAAAACACACUCAGUUGUCACCCUUUGUCCGGAGAGUGCACCUGUGCACCAGGAUGGGCGGGGCUUUACUGCAACGAGACCUGUCCAGCAGGUUACUAUGGCGAGGACUGCAGAGAGCUGUGUGUCUGCGCCAACGGAGCCGACUGUGACGGCAUCUCUGGAGCUUGCAUAUGUGCACCAGGUUAUAUAGGUGAUGACUGCUCUGUCAGCUGUCCUGCCGGCCUGUAUGGCAUCAACUGCACCUUGGCGUGCUCCUGUCACAACGAGAUCUCCUGCUUGCACAUUGAUGGCUCAUGCAUCUGCAGAGAAGGCUGGCAGGGUGUGGACUGCUCUAUCCCCUGCUCCAGCGGUACCUGGGGACUGAGCUGCAACCAGACAUGCCAGUGUACCAACGGGGCAGCCUGUGAUCCUGUCAAUGGAACCUGCAUCUGCUCUCCUGGCUGGAGGGAUGAGUACUGCGACAUACCAUGCCCAGAGGGAUCAUACGGGCUGGACUGCAGAGAGAGAUGUGAUUGUGUCAACGCUGAAGGCUGUGAUCCUGUUACUGGUUUCUGUGGUUGUCUCGCAGGUUGGACGGGUGUCCAUUGCGACAGUGUUUGUGAAGAGGGGCACUGGGGAUCCAACUGCUCCUACAGCUGCACCUGUGAGAACGGAGGCUCCUGCUCCCCAGAGGACGGCAGCUGCGUGUGCGCUCCUGGAUACCGUGGCACCAACUGCAGACGAACCUGCUCACCUGGUUUCUACGGCCAUCGCUGCAGUCAGUCGUGUCCUCAGUGUGUCCACAGUGACGGGGUGUGUCACCAUGUCACCGGCCACUGUCAGUGUCUCCCUGGCUUCUUUGGCUCCCUCUGCAAUCAAGUGUGUCCUGCUGGAAAGUAUGGUAAAGCCUGUGCUGAGACGUGUUUGUGCACCAACAAUGGCACUUGUAACCCCGUUGACGGUUCCUGUCAGUGCUACCCUGGAUGGAUCGGUGAGAACUGCUCCAAACCGUGUCCUCAGGGAUCAUGGGGCCCAGACUGCAUCCACAUAUGCACCUGUCACAAUGGAGCCCAGUGUAGCGUCACAGAUGGAGAGUGUGACUGCAGCCCUGGAUGGACAGGACUCUACUGUACUCAGCGCUGUCCUGCUGGUUUCUACGGCUCUCAGUGUGCAGAGGUGUGUCGCUGUCAGAAUGGGGCGGACUGUGACCACAUCACUGGACAGUGUUCCUGCAGGACAGGCUUCAUAGGACAUAGCUGUGAACUCAAGUGUCCUGCGGGGACAUUUGGCUAUGGCUGCCAGCAGCUGUGUGAGUGUAUGAACAACGCCACCUGUGACUACGUGACUGGAACCUGCUACUGCAGCAUCGGCUUCAAAGGCAUCCGCUGUGACCAAGCGGCACUGAUGAUGGAGGAACUAAAUCCCUACACCAAGAUCAGCCCGGCCCUGGCCUCAGAGCGCCACUCAGCAGGUGCCGUGCUGGGCAUCAUCUUUCUGCUGCUGCUCAUCAUGGCCAUGCUUGGUCUGGUGGUCUGGUUCCGCUACCGGCAGAGAGAGAAGGGCCACCAUGUGCCGAGUGUCACCUACACGCCCGCUCUGCACAUCAAUUCUGCCGACUACUCCCUGUCAGGGCUGCAGUGUGCAGACCUGCUCUCCUCUGCAGAGUCCUCUCCCAGUAACAACUCUAUAGGCCACUGCUUCUCUAACCCCAGCUACCACACCAUGGGACCCUGCACCUCUGCCGCACACUACACCAAGCCAGACAAGAGGGGCUCUGCCAAGAUGAAGACAAAGAGGCGACACAGGAACAGUGCUCCUGAGUGGGGGGCCUACUAUAAUGUCAGGGAUUUGGGUGUUUACUGCAUUGACCAGCAUUACAGCUACCAUGUGGACGCCCUCUACAGAGACUAUAUGAAGGGCUCUUUGUCCAGUACCUGCUCCCUCAGCAGUGAAAACCCCUACGCCACAAUCAACGACCCUCCUGGUGUGUGUAAACACUCAGAGAGCAGCUAUGUGGAAAUGAAAUCACCAGCUCACCAUGAACACAUGACACACUGCUGCUCCGGUGCCAUCAUCACCACCACUACCACCACCACAGCACCUGCCAAGAACAUCUACGACAUGGGUACGUUUGAAGAGAAGCCAACCAUCAGCAUCGUCCAGGGGGCCAGCUGUGUGGUUGUUCCCAGUUACACUCAGAACCCGUAUGACCUGCCCAGGAACAGCCACAUCCCCGGCCACUACGACCUGCUGCCUGUACGGCCCAGCCCCGCUCUCAGCCACAGCCUCCCUGUGCACAGCCACAGCCCCUCACUGCCCGGCAGCCCCACCGGCUCACUGCUCUAGAACACAGAGCUCCCAGGCUUUAUGCUAUACCAGUGCUCCCAGUUCAUCUGGAACCACAAAACUGAAAAGAUCUUUGUUUGUAUGUUUGUUUGUUUGUUUUCUCAAUCGACGAGUGCAGAUGGACAUUCAGAGGACAAAGGACGUUUUGUUGGAACUAAUAGUUUUUUUAAAAUUUAUUUAUUUAUAUGUGUGCGUGUGUGCGUGUGUUGAUGGGUUAGGAAACUCCUUGUAGUGCCCAGACUGUUGGACUGCUCUUUGAUAUUUUAUCAUUGUAUUAUACCCAAAUUGUUUGAGCUGUUUUUGUGCCAGUCUAUAAUAUGUAUUUGUAUUGUUUUGUAAAUUCCUCCUCAUCAACAAACAUGUCAGUAGAGGGAAUAUACACAUACAUACGUAUGCACACAAGUAUACCUUUUUUCUAGUAUGAUGAUCUCUGUUAUUUUUGAUAAGUCCUGGGUCAGACAGCAGGAAGUUGAUGGACAAAGAAGAACAAAGAAUUCCUCAUGUGAUUGGGACUAUUUCUUAAAAGUGAACAGUAAAUGUGUGGGACAGAGACAAGACUGAGGCUGAUGUCGCACCUGGAUUGAGUGUAUCUACCAAGCAUUUACAAUGACAGAGAAUCAUAUGAGCCAUAUAGCUCACAGUACAAACAAAUUUGUAUGAAUGACUGAAGUCAAACUGUUCAUUACUCUGAUAAUCUCCCAAAAAUGGACUGAAAAAGUUAUAAAUAAAUUCACACAAAUGGCAGUCUGGUCAGAUUUACACUACCUGUAUAGUUCUGGUAUUUUUACACAUUGUUUAUUUCCUGUUUGCAUAUUUAAAGAUCCUGCCAGGGACCCAUAUUUUUCUCUGAAAAGUUUUUGUAUGUACUGUAAACAAAGUGUUGUGUAUUGGAUGUACAGUCUGUGUACACUAGCGAUUACUAUUGUGAUUUUUCUUUGUUGUGUCAAACUUAAAACACAUGCAUGCCAAAGAUUAGCCAGUUAGCCAGGAAUACCCUUAUAAUAAUGUGCUUUGGUGCAAAUUGAUGAUUGUCAUCUGACUGAACAUGGGAACUGACCUGAAACAUGCUUUUUAGGAUGUUUGCAUCAAGGUUGGAAGUGCAAGCACUUCUAAAAGUAACCCUUAAACUUUUAUUUACCUCCUCACCAAUAAUUUCGUUUAAGAAAUACUACAUUUUAGUUCCCAAACAAAAUACAUGUUUCUGAUUGUGUUAUUAAAUGUAAAAUAGAGCCAUAAUGCAUAAAAUUCCUGCUAAAUUUCUAAUGACACACACAGGUCAAUUUGGUUAGAAAUACUGAUAAUUAUACCUUGGCGAAUAGCAAUAACAGAACAUUUUGACAAUCACAUGUAAACAGCUUUGUUUCCCCAUAUAUUUGAGUCCAUUCUUUUCUUCCAUUUGCUCUAACUUUCAUUAGCUCAUUUGUCUCUUCUUUGUCUUUGAUCCCAACCACAGUUUCAGCUACAGUAGAUGCACUGAGUGGUGCUUUUUUGUUUGUUUGUUUCAAGAUCUGAAAUGAAUAAAGUUGUCACAGCUCAGGAAGUGACCAGCUGAGUUCAUUGUCAGCAGGGAUGCUCAUCACCUGAGCCACACAUGCAGAGGACACACUUUUCUUCCUCAGUGAAUUGGCUCAUUGAGCUGAGUACAAUGCUGAUAUCUACCCCUGAGGACAGCAAAGCAAAGGAAAUGAUAAAACUGGAUGUGGAUACAAACCAUCUUCCAAAAGGACAAAUCAUAAGGAUUCCAUUAGUGCGUUGCAAGUCCAAGCUCAGGACCUCAGCAAAAGGUUGGGCACAGACCACAGAGGUACAGUAUAUUGUCAGUGGUCAGCUCACUGUAUGACCCUCUGCAGUUUCUAACUUGGACAUUUAUUUGCCCACUAUUGACAUUUUAUAAAGUCACUUUCCAGGAAUCUGCCUAAGAAUUUGUUGAAAAUUAUUUGGAACAUAUGGGUCUCAUAAAAGAUGAAUGAAAUUUUGUUACAAUAUCAAGUAAAAUACAAGAUCAUUCAGGCUAAAGGUUUAUGACUGGUGCGCUUUAUUAAGAUGAACUGAUAACUUAAGAUAUAGACACAAUUGUACAAUUUAUCAAUCUGUACAAAACAUAAAACCAUUCAUUUUGACCCCCCUCUCACAUGUAACCCUCCAUUGAAAUGACAUCGUUUCACUCUACACUGGAAUUACAGUCAGGUAUAGAAUUUAUUGUAGUCCAAAAAAAAAACAAAACAAAAACUUAAAAAACAGACCUAUGGAAUUUCAUGAAACAGCAUCAGAAAUCAUAUUUUCAGAAGAAAGGAAUCGCUUUGUCCACAGAAUGGCAGCCUGAGAGUGUGGAGAGGCUCGGCUGGCGGCGCCGUCUGUUCCAAGAAACGCCAUUGGCACUGCCAGCCAGGCUCACACACUCCAGAGCUACCAGUCUACCCUCUGCCUCUAAACACGCAUAUAUAUAUACACACACACACACACACACACACACACACACACACACCAAUUUCAGGCAUUGUAUACAUCUACCAACACCAUCACAUACUGACACAGCUAUAACCUGUAAAUUCAACAGUGCACACACAUUGGGGAGCUUUAGCUGGUGGGUUGUUAGUGAGGCAUCUGUCAGUUUACAGACUGGACACAGCAAUUAGCUUGUUGGGCACGUCAUCCUAGCUAGCCAAGUCUAACCCUCAUAUUUUAUGGACAGUAAUGACAACGUUCGCUACAUAAGGCCAUACGACAGAUUUGCAGUCGUACAGAAAGCCAUGCAUUGUGUUGAAGUCAGAGGCAGCUUGGUGUACGUAGGCGUUAUGUGACAGGGACAGCACAGCUGGCUGCCUCCUGUAGGGACAGACACAGCCAGGAUAUUGGUUAAGGAGGAGAUGAAUGUGACAGAGCUGUUCGCAGGUGAAUGAAGUGUUAUCAGACAGGUACACACGGUGAAGGAGGCACUGUGACCAGAGGUUUACAACACUGUCACUGAGUCCUGCAUGUUUUUCCUAGAAUUCUUUGCUAGUGCCAGACAAGAAACUAACUUUUUGUCAAUUAUGAGGUUUUAAGGAAAGAUCUGAGACUCAGUCAGCGUUCUGCAGUGCUAAACAUCACAUCUUGGUUUUUGAACAGUGACACCAUAAUAAAAUGGUACAGCCAAUCUGACAAAACGGGUCCAAAUUCUCCCUGUGCAGUGAAAAUCUAAUUCUAGACAAGGAAGUGUGUUUACUAAAUCAGCUGUUAAGGUUCAGUGCAAAAUUGUCAAUUUCACACUCAUGAAAUCCAUCCAAAUUACAUUUUCCAUUUCUUGCUUUUUCAAUGCCUACUAACUACACUUAUGUGGUUACAUGCAAAGCGAUAUAAUUUGCUUGACGACGAGAUUUUUGAUUAUAAGACUGAGUAUUAUAGGGAUGUAAUACAUGAAUGCUACCUCACUUACCUCUACUUUUAAUUCCUUCCUUUGCUAUAGAGGUGCACUAAGGAAAUACAUGUGCUAGUUUCUGCAUAGAUGCUUUCAAAUACAGCAGGGGUUUUCAACCAGUGGGCAGUGGCCCCCUGGUGGUCUACCAAGGCAUUGCAGGUGGUCCCUGAUCAUGCAUUCAAAAAUAUAGGUUCACUGUAGGAAUCCUUUUUAAUUUUAUUUUAGAUUUAAACUCAUUUCCAUAUAUUACUGUUUGUGAAUAAUCAAAUUCAUGUAAAUAUAUAACAUUUGGAAAAGCCAAGGUGACUGAGGAUUAAACUAGUGCCCAUACAGUCUAUCCACAAUAGUGGUCCUCAGGUUUUGUUUUUUGUUUUUUGUCAGAAUGGUGGUCCCCGGGUCACAAUUAGUUGAAAACCCCUGAAAUACAGUAUACAGCAAAACUGACAAAUUACAAAUCCUGUCUAUAUAAUACCAUUUUUCAAAUGAAGUUUGACAGCCUGCCUCCUUGCCAUAUGAAGCCACGUUGCAUUAGAUACAACCCAGGUCAACACUAUAGUUGGCCUUAACUAGAAAUCAUGGCUGUACUCAUUAUUGUUGCACUGACAUUGUACUUUGGGGUCUGUAUUCAUUCUCGAUGCACUCUACACUUUAUCUUAAAAAUAAGUUAUUGUACUAUAGUAGAAUUCAGAAUCACUUAACAUUUUAGUGAUUUGCACAUGGGUGCACUCAAGUUUUGUUGUAUACUGCAUGUAAAAAAAAAAAAAAGAAUGCAUACCAUUUUUCUAAUGUUGGAGCCGGAAAGCCCAAUGGACUAACAAGUCUUUGAUCAUCAUCCUCAGCAUAAGCAUGACUUUCUCUCAUUAUGAUGCCACACUGAGACUUAACGUACGACAGCAUGAACAUCUGAAAUGUGCGGGAGCUGUGCUCAGCUUUCAUGAUGACAGCCUACAGUUACACGCUCUCAAGACAAAGAUAGUGUUCUACAAAAAGUCCUGGUUGAGUCUUUCACCUGGUAAAAUCAGUAACAAGGCAGAGUGCCAUCCUUUAAAACAUGCAAAGCUGGCCUGAACCUGCCACUUGCUGUAAGCAUGGUGACAACGACACUUCCGAGGCUGCACGCUACGUGCUAGCUCACACCUGGGCUUUCCGCAGCGCAAACUGAAGCUUGGCAGAUGCAAAAAAUUCACGUUUCACUAGCGUUAUAUUCACAGAUCAGAUCAAAUGGCAUGGCGUGACACUACUGUGCUCGAUACAUCCGCAAUGGAUUCCAAAACAGUACACUGCACUAGUGGAGGGGGGGGCUUGUAUAUAAGAAUACACUUCAGAGCAACUUUGAUGUGCUUUCAAUUCAUAUAUACCUAGUAGUAGAUAUAUGA